UAUAUCAAAGGAGGAACCAAAGUGGAGCACGUCAUCAGAGAAUGUUUCACCUCUGCCAAAGCCAUUGGAUGACCCAAAGGAUCCUAUAAGUCAGUUAGCAGUUAUUAAUGAAUUAUAAUGGUAUUUAUAACCUAAAGAGCAUUUUGAAAGUAGUCAGCUUGAGGGAAAAAAAUGCCUGAUGACCAUGAUGAUGAGGGGGAAACAGUUCAUCCAAAGAGAGGAAGAGCUUGGACUACAGAUGGUCAUGGCCGUGAUGAAGCACAAGCCCUCACCGAAGUUGACAAAUUUCAAACGCUGAUGGGAGCUCUUAACCACAAAUUGCGAAAAGAAAUGGCAGAUUUUUCUAAUACAAAUAUAUCAAGUCAUAUCACGGUUAAUAAUGAAACGCCACAUCCAAUGAUGUAUCAUCAGUGCUUUCUUGUAAGAGGUCGUAUAUCAGGCUAUCAUGGAUUAAAUGAAAACAUUCCUUCUAAAAGCAAAAAAUGUUUUUCGUUUGAGAAGUAUUCGUCUUUGUCAUUGGAUGGCUGUGCUGCUAUGAUUUUUCUUUCUGCCUCUACAUGUGAAAGUACACCAUGUUAUUUUGUCAUUGCUUUCAGAAAUUAUGUAAAAUUCAAAAAUUUAACGAGGAAUAAAGCUGCUAUUCUUAUCCUUAAUGAUGCAAAAUCAAUGAAUAAAAUUUCCAAUUCACAAAGCUUUGGUAAAAUAAUGAGGAAUAAAAAAGAAAACCCUCAUAAGGAUAUUGACGGCUGUUACGAAGGUGACAUUUACAACCCACCAUUUAUGGCAGCAUCUUUGGAUGAAUCUGGAUCCCAUGACUUUCAAAAUAUGUGUUUUCGCAUCGGUAUGAUUGAUAAUCCCUCUCGUAGUCAAGUAAACGUGACAGUGGAGCAUCCAAAUCAACUUGGUUAACAUUGUACUUGUACUUUUCUGCUAAAAACUUUACAGACUAUGUAGUAUAUCCUUGAUUUGUAUAAUCAUUUCCUUUCUAUGCAGUUAUUUUAGUAAUAAAAAACUUCCAAAAUAGAUCUACAGAAGAACCAACAAUUGGACUUUGAACUAAAUUGGUCUAGUCAUUGCAUUGAUGACAUGCAAUGGCAUGACAUGCAUUCACUUGACAGUUUUCCUUCUAAAAGAGAAUAUUU